UACUCUGCUGCUCACAGCUCUGGGGCCUGAAGGGGGCGUAGGGGAAGCACCAGCGCCCUUCGCCACUACCCAGACUUGCAAGUCACCAGCCACUACCACAGGUCCAGAGUUCCAGGCGCCCGCCGCGAAUCCCAGGAACCAGGGCACAGGCGCAGGAUUCUCCAGCUGCACCACGAGCCCCGCGGUCCAGUGGCUCAGGGCACUCCAGGCCUGGCACGCGGGUGGAAGAUCCCAGACCCCAAACCACCACCCCUGGACCUGAGCAGUGCCCCACCGCGCCACACCACGCCUCCGCCCGCCGCUUCUCAGCCAGAGGCUUUUUAUUUCUUCUAACUUUCUGUAAGGUUUCUCUGUUCAUCAUUCUCCAGCACCUUUAUCUGUUCCAUCCCAGUCGCAGUCCCUUUCUCUCUCACUUCUUGAUUCGCACUGCUAGAAAGGCAGCCCCUUUCUGUUUCCCAAGUGCUUUCUGAACUGCUUCCCGUGUGGCCACCAGUGUGAGGGAGGGACAACCGCCUCCGCCUCAGCCUCUGCGACACCCGUUGAAAGAAAAGCUUGUAGAAGUAGAAUCCUAAAUAUGCAUUGUGGACAACUACCCCUGACACUUUUGGUACUUAUGUUUAUAAGCACCUCAGAAACCUGUACUCUACGUCCUCAUAUUACUGCUGUUGAAGGGGAACCUUUCUAUUUGAAAUAUUGCUUAUCUUCAUCUGAGCAUGAGAAUGAGCCAACCACCAUAAAAUGGUACAAAAGCAAUGAAUCACAUGGACUUGUUGAGUUAAGCUCAAGCAGUUCACCCAGAAUUACUUUGCAUGAUUAUGUUCUGGAGUUUUGGCCAGUUGAGUUGGAUGACAGUGGAUAUUACUUUUUCCAAAUGGGAAAUGAUACUCAUGAAUGGAGAUUAAAUGUCAUCAGAAGAAAUAAACACAGCUGUUUUGCUGAAAAACAAGUAAUUAGUAUAACUGUGGAAGUUAAACGAGCUUUGCAAAUACCCUGCGGUGAACAUAGUUACUAUAAAAAACUAGUCAACAGAACGUUGUUAUAUAAGAACUGUGAAAAGAUAGAGAAGAAUAAAAACCCAUCCUUUCGGAAGAAUGCAGAGCUCAAUGAUCGGGGAUAUUACACCUGCAUAUUUUUCCUUUAUCAUAAUGGAAAAUUAUUUAAUGUCACCAACACCUUCAAUAUAACAAUAGUUGGAGGUUAUAGUAAUAUAAUCCCAGUUCUUCUUGGACCAAAGCUUAAUCACAUUGGAGUGGAAUUAGGAAAAGAUGUACAGCUCAACUGCUCUGCUUUGCUGAAUGAAAAGGAUCUGAUUUAUUGGAACAUCCAGAAAGAAAAUGGAGAGAAUCCUAAUGUACAUGAAGAGAAAGAAAUAAGAAUUAAGACUUCAGAAGGCAAAUGGCAUGCUUCAAAAACAUUGAGAAUUGAAAAUAUUAAUGAAAUAAAUCUAAAUUUUUUAUAUAAUUGCACUGUGGCCAGCGAGGGGGACAUAGACACUAAAAGCUUCAUCUUGCUAAAAAAAGCAGAACUGGAUGAUAUCCCAGACCAUGUCUUCACUAGAGGAAUAAUCAUAGCUAUUUUGAUCUCAGGGGCAGUCGUGUGCCUAAUGAUUGUGGUUGUCACUUAUAGAGUUGACUUGGCUCUAUUUUGUAGACAUUUCAUGAGAAGAGAUGAAACAUUAACAGAUGGAAAGACAUAUGAUGCUUUUGUGUCUUACCUAAAAGAAUGUCAUCCUGAGAAUGGAGAGGAACAUGCCUUCGCUGUGGAGAUUCUGCCCAGGGUGUUGGAGAAACAUUUUGGGUAUAAAUUAUGCAUAUAUGAAAGGGAUGUAGUGCCUGGGAGAGCUGUUGUUGAUGAAAUCCACUCCUUGAUAGAGCAAAGCCGAAGACUAAUCAUUGUCCUAAGUAAAAGUUACAUGUCUAAUGAAGUCAGAUAUGAACUUGAAAGUGGACUCCAUGAGGCACUGGUGGAAAGGAAAAUUAAAAUAAUCCUAAUUGAAUUUACACCCAUCAGUGACCUCACAUUCUUGCCCCAAUCAUUAAAACUUUUGAAAUCUCACAGAGUUCUGAAGUGGAAGGCUGAUAAAUCUCUGUCUUAUAACUCAAGGUUCUGGAAAAAUCUUGUUUAUCUGAUGCCUGCUAAAACAGCCAAGCCGUGGAGAGAUGAAUCUGAAGUCUUGCCCAUGCUUUCACAGUCCUGAUCUGCAGAAAAGCUGAAUGUAAUAAAGAACUCCUGAUACUCUGGAGACUGAGUCGAUGAGCCUGUUUAUAACCAAGGGCAUUAUUCAAAAUAUUUAACCCUAUGAAAAUCCUACUCAUAGUCUGAAGAUGGAAUGUCUUUAGAUUGCCAGGGAUAAUACUGAACAUUGAGCUGUGGUUGUGUGUUCCCAGAAGGCCCUGGAAUAAAAAAGCAAGAGCCUCCUGUUUUUCCCUCUUCCCUAACUGGAUGUUGAGGCUGGGGACUAUGCAAAAUAACUUAUGCCUUACAAAAGGGCACAUCUUUAAGAUGCUAACAAUUGAACUAUAGGAUUUUAAAUUUAUGAAGUGGAAUUUUCUGUGAGCCAGCAGGUGAAAUAGUAACUGGAAUGGUGCUGUCACCAUCACUCUAUAGCUAGUUACCUAGCUCUAAACAUUGUGGACAGUCCCUGGGAUGUGGGGGAUCACUGACAGGGCUGCGUGCACAGUAGAGGAGUUAGGUUUGAGCCUGCUAUAAUAGAGCCAAUGCCUCAGGAUGUGUUUAGUGUAUGUCUUCCAUGACGACAGGCAUGGUUCUUGAAACUCCACUGAGGCACUGCACAGGGCAUGCUUACUUAAGUCUAUUUGUGGGAACUUCUUAAAAGUGACCCAAAACAACUUUUUAUUUUUCUUGAGAAAUACAAAUUUUAAUUCAAAUGAUUCUCCAGGUCUUUCAAAAGUGGUCAAAAACAUUUGUUGACUUUACAUAAAUGUUUAUAAACAAUAUGGUUGCCAGAUCAUAUUAGCCACCAACCAAUAAAAAAUUAUAGUUAUUUGCUUGAGUUUUAAAAAGUCAUACCUUUAAAAUGCCUGUAGGGUGGAUGCAACAUAGCAUGAUGAUUUUGUGUGUGAGCUGUACAGCCAAAAUGCUUGAGUUCAAAUCCUGGGUUUACUUCUUUCUUCUGUGACCUCUGGAACAUUUUCUAAUGGAUCUGUACCUCACUUUCCUCAUCUGUAAAUUAGAGUUUAUAAUAAUUAUACCUACUUCAAAGGAGGUCUAAAUGAAUAAAGCACCUAUGACAGUUCUUGGCUGAGACUUAAUAUUCUUUAACUGUUAUUACCAUUUUUAUUAUUAUCAUUAGUUAUUACUUAGAUCAAAUUUUUAGCAGUGCAGUAAAAUAAAUGCCAGGAAGCAGGAAAGCAAAGAGAUAUGGAGAAGAAGGCAGUUAUGCCUGAGGACAUUAAUUGUAUAUGGAGAGAAGUGUAUAGGAGAGGUAUACCAAUAGGUUCAAGGAUAUUUCUUCAUUGGACAGGAGCAACUUUUGACAUUGGAAGACAUAUAUCUGUCUUGCUACUGUGAGCCUAGCCUUCUUGAUAGCCUCAGCAAUGAUGUCUAUGUAGGACAAUCACUGAGUGAGUGAUAAGGAUCAGCCUUAAAGAGAAAGGAAAGUGUUGGUUAAGUUUGGAAGGCUGGUUAGAACAUAUUCAUGCAGUGUGAAUGUUCCAAAAAAGCUUAGAGAGAGACUGUUCAAAACAGCUAUAACAUUGCUGAAAAUUAAGGAAUGAUAUUUUCAUGAGAUUUCAAUGUCAGAAAGUGAUUCAAUUUUUGUAGUGCUUCCAAUUCUGUGUUCUAGUUUUAUGGCUAGAAAAAGUAAAAUAAUUAAAUUACUAACAUGUUUUAUAUGUGAAAAUAUAUGAUCAGGAGAAAUUUUAUUGCAAUCAUCAUAGUCUCUACUACAGAGAAUAAUUAUGCUUUUCUCUUGUACUAUGCAUGCUUUAAAAUAUAAUAUGUAUAUUUUUAUUAAAUAUCUUAAAUGUGUAUGUUAAAUAUAUGUUUUAAAAUGUAUUAAUGAACUACUGGUCUAGUGACUUCAGUUUUGAAAUAUCUAAUGUCUGUUUCAUUUUAAGAUUCUAAUCCCAUUGUCAAUGUAAAUUCUCAUCUGUUUUAAUAAGA